GGGUACCGGGAUGGGCGGCCUGAUGGAUCCCCGCACGCGACUAAUUCGCCCGAGUGCAGCUUGAGAUGAGACAACAUCUACAUCUCUUGGCUAUUGAACUCUUAGAUCUUGCGAUUUCAUUCUCUUAGGGUAUUAAUCUGUCUUACCUCGCUAGGGCAUGUCUACAGGUCUAUCAUCUCUGAAAUGGUUCUACCAUGAGUUCGGACUCGGAUCUAUUCACGAAACAGGCCGUGAUGCCUACCUCAUCAUCUUAGCCAGAUCAUGUCGAAUGUUUGCAUAUGGGACAAAUUCACUGAUAUUAGCCAUCUUCUUCUCGGCUCUCGACUUUUCCGACCACCAAAUUGGCGCGUUCAUGACAUUGACCCUUGUUGGAGAUGUAUUUCUUGGCACGUUUCUUACGCUCAUAGCUGAUCGGGUUGGGAGGAGGAGAGUUCUUCUGGCAGGCUCGGUGUUGAUGAUACUCAGCGGUGCAAUUUUUGCUAUCUUCGAGAACUUUUGGAUCCUGCUUCUUGCAGCUAUCGUGGGAGUCAUCAGUAUCACAGGGGGUGAUUACGGUCCGUUUCGUGCGGUGGAAGAAUCAAUGCUGUCUCAAUUGACUACUCCUUCGACCAGAUCUGACGUGCUGGCAUGGUAUGUCACCAUUUCCGCCAUUGGAUCGAGUAUUGGCAGCGAAGCAUCUGGCAGGAUAGUCAAUUCACUACAGAAUCGAGAAGGAUGGGAGCCGGUCAGUGCAUAUCAUAUGCUGUUCUGGAUAUACGCAGCCAUGGGUAUUGUCAACGUCGUCAUGGUCUUGUGCUUGACCGAUGCCUGCGAGGCGCAUCCGUCCGACUCAUAUGCACAAAUACCGCAAGAAGACCACCACCCCAGCAACGGGGCAUCAAGCACACACAACACACCAGCAAUCGACCUCGUGCCUCCACCUGUUCAAUCCUGGCCGGCAAAAGCCAAGUCAUGGUUUGUCGGCUCUCUGUCCCAGAUCUCCGCUCCAACGCGGUCCACGAUGUAUAAGCUCUGGUUCUUACUGUCCGUCGACUCGCUCGCAGACGGAAUGGUGCCCUGGUCAAUCACAAAUUACUACACAGACACAAAGUUCCACCCGGCCAAGUCGACGUUGGGCGAUAUCACGUCCGUUGGCUACUUCCUGGCUGCCAUCGGCGCCGUAUUCGCAGGACCGCUGGCACGCAAGCUCGGGUUGAUCAACACCAUGGUCUUCACACACGUGCCUUCGUCCGCUGCCGUGGUCCUCUUCCCAGCGGCCCCGUACCUAUGGAUGGCAGCGCUUCUCCUCUUCGUUCGAGCCGGCCUCAACAACAUGGAUCAAGCGCCUCGCGUCGCCUUCAUCUCAGCUGUUGUCAAGCCCUCCGAACGCACAGCAGUCAUGGGAAUUACAAGCACGCUACGCACAUUAGCCGCGACGGCCGGACCUACAGUCACGGGUUUGCUAGCCGGUGGAGAUCGAUUCUGGGUUGCUUUUGUGGCUGCAGGGCUCUUCCGCCUCGCGUACGACUUUGGGCUGUACUUUAUGUUCAGAAAUAUGGAGCUGCACCAGCAUGAGCCGAAGACGGAGGAGGCCUCGCCCAACGGGCAUGGAACCAGGCGGGAGAGGGAUGAAGAGGACGUUCUCGAGAUGGCUAGUCUUACAGACUCGCAGAGCAGUGACGAUGGAGGCGAGGACGGAGAGUUGAUCACCAAGGUGAACAGUGGCCUUCAACUACCAAGGUCCAAUGAAAGAGUUCGGAGUAGAAGUCCUCAUCGAUCUACGGAGUAGAGUGCGCGUCUUCUGGCGUAAUAGAGGCAGCACGGAGCACAUGAUAUCAUUCUUUUCGCAACCAAUUUCCCACUUGGGCCACUUGGGAGGGUCUCGACAGUAUAAGCAAUACUAUAGCAACUACCUGUUACCAGUCUAAACCAUGCCAAUCACCUCCAUUCUCCCAUCAAAGUUUCAGGACUCGAUCAAGCGACCCAUCGUCUCGUCUUGGCCAAAAUUG